UUUAGUUCAACAAAAAUGGAAGAACCUCGGGAAGAGGUUAACGUCAGAAACUUUUGCAGAAACUGGAGGAACUGCUGCAACUAUGUUUUCCAGAACAUAUUUAUGUUUGCGAGUUUGGCGGCUGUUGUUCUCGGUGGUGGGCCCCCACGAGGACUUAUGUGGCUAAUUCCGGCUGAACCUGAUUGGGUCCCAUUGGUUCCCCUUCACCAUGUCCUCUAAUGGAGCGCCUGAUUACCGCCACAGAAGAGGCAACAAUCUGGCAGAAAAGACUGAAAAACCUGCCAAUGGGUGGGCAAACUGAAAGGCUGCCCCACUUCUCUACCUGAGAGGCGACAGAGAGCAAGAAAGAGAAAAAAAAGAGGAAAACAAGCCCAAACACGAAUUAUAUUUAGAAGAAAUGGACUUGCUGUUGGCUUGAUCAUCAGGAGUGUUGACACUCUUACAGAGGUAGAAAAAAACUACCUUGGCUUUCCAGGAGAAAUACUCAUACGGAUGCUUCAGUUCAUUACUGUUCCUCUUAUUGUGACCUCUGUGAUAAUAGGAGUUGCUGGUUUGACUGUUUCUGCCUCCAGAAAAAUAAGCAUACGUGCAGCAGUAUACUUUAUCUUGACAUCAGUUGUGGCUGUGAUCACGGGAUUAGCUCUGGUGCUGAUUAUCAAGCCAGGAGCUACUUACAACACUCAAGAUAUCAAAGAAGGAGAUGAAGAAAAUUUCUCCACUAUUGACACUUUGUUGGAUUUAAUAAGAAACAUGGUGCCACAGAAUUUGUUUCGGGCCUGUGUCCAGCAGUACAAAACUGAAAGGGUGGUGUUUGUCAUUCCACUGGACGAAGAAAAUCUUACCAUGGAAAUGAAUACCACUGAAAUUCAUUUGGUGGCUCACUACGUUGAUGAUGUCAACACGCUCGGCCUGAUUUUCUGCUCCUUUUUUCUUGGACUGACACUCAAGCUGAUGGGGGAAAGAGGGGAGAUUGCAGUUGAAGUUGUUACCAUAGUCCAUGGGACCAUAAAAUAUGUGAUUAACUUAAUGUUAAGCUACUUGCCAGUGGGAGUGAUGUUCAUGAUUGCAAGCCGUGUUGUUGAUGCUUAUGAUUGGGAAACCAUCUACAAAUUGGGAAAGUUCAUGGCUGUAGUUGUUUUUGGGCUCAUAAUCCACGCAGGAAUGUUUCUACCAGCGCUCUAUUUUGCAUUUACAAGAACUAACCCCAUAGUUGUCAUUAAGGGGGUUUUUCCUGCUCUACUGACUGCAGUGCUCAUCUCAUCCAGCUCUGCCACAUUGCCCCUCACUUUCCGAUGUUGUGAGGACAGAAUCAAGAUUGACCGCAGAAUCACUCGUUUCAUGCUGCCCAUCGGUACCAACAUCAACAUGGAUGGAACUGCCCUUUACGAGGCAGUCGCAGCAGUUUUCAUUGCCCAGCUCAACAACAUCAAACUGAACCUGAGCCAGCUGAUCACCAUUGGAGUUACAGCAACGGUCUCCAGCAUAGGAGCAGCAGGAAUCCCGGCGACAGGAGCAGUGACGACUCUCUUUGUUCUGACUGCAGCCGGUUUACCUGUGGGGGACGCUUCCAUCCUUGUGGUUAUAGAAUGGCUACUAGACCGCUGCAACACUGUGGUGAAUGUUUUCGGAGACUGCAUUGGUGUGGCACUUGUCUGUCAUCUGUCCAGACAUGAACUGGAAGAAAUGGACCUGACAAGGGAGGUUCGUGCUGAGGAGUCUGCCCAAGGAGAGAAAAUGUUAUCCAGCACCCCGUUGCCUUUGGACAAUACUGAGUCUUUUCACACACCCAUAGAAGUUAUUGUUUGAUUUAGUGGCUUUUGCUUUGUAUUUUACUGUUGUAAUUUCACUGGAUGGUUUAGAAGACUGACAUCAAACAGAAGACUGUUAAUGUGAAGAAUCUGGCAAAUGAUGUACAGCGAUACUACAGAGAUAUCACAAUCUUUGUGAAGUUGUAUGACAUAUUUCUUUAUUUAAUUAUUUCAAUUUUAAUUGAA